AUGUUCUCAGCACUUAAAUCAGCGUACUAUUCAAAAAAAAAGGGCAAGCGGAGCGAUGAGGAGAAGAAAGAUCCAGGGACUCCCCCUCCUCUCCUCGCCGAUCAGUCGUCUUCAAAGGACCCUUCACAUUCAACAUCCGUUUUGAUGGGGAAUCGUAAUUCUUCGGCAACGCCAACCAAUAGUUCCCAAAGCAUUUCUACUUCUCUUAGAGUCGUGAAAAGGGUUGAUAAUCGGUUUACAAGUGACGCUGAAUCAUCAGAGCAAAUAAAGGCUGAAAGGGACUUAAAUCCAGCCUACCCUUCUCACAACUGGUUCCCGGAAAUUUCAACUGGAGCCGACGUACCGGAUCAUGCUAAGUCAUCCCCUGUAUUUGCUCAACUUGGAAAUUAUGGGCCGGCGGCGGAGAAUAGAACUCAGAAGAGCCCGACAGAAAAUAUUACUCAAAAAAAUCUAGCUCCCGUCAAAUGGUUUUCUCCACCGUCCAAUAUCAAUCACCGAGACGACGGUUUGUAUAAUACUUCCACUUCGCCUUCAGCAUCUAUUCAACCUGGCAGCCAUGGUCCGAUAGACAAUCAACAAGCUCAAAAUAAUCCGACCCCAACGCCAUCCAAGUCAUUCUUCAAUCCUACCAUUUCACCUCUUAUAUCUGCUCAAGAUGAAAGUUGUGUCCCGGUAGAAAACAAAGGUCGGGGUGACGCAAAAUCAGUCAAGAAAUUCUCUUUGCGUCCCGAAAUUCCAAACACCAGUAAUCGCCAAACUACCGAGUCUAAUCUUCCAAAGGCAUUUCCUAACCUUACUCCAUCCAAAAUUCCUAUCUCGUAUGAUAACAGUUCGGGGUCGGGUCUUGGUAGUCCUACGAAGAACACUUUCCAUUUCUCCGCCCAACGUACCAGUACUACAAAAAAUCAAUUCCCUUUGUUUCCUGUUACGACUGGCAGUAUUCUCUCAGGCCAGGGCUCUCCGUUACUUGAAUCCAGAAAUCAAGGUAUUAUGAAAGAGCGAGAGAUCAAGUAUUCUGCUCCAGAUCUUUCUACAACUCCAAAAAUGCCAGGGGCUUUUCCCGCACGGUCACCGAGCUCUAGUAUUACAGAUGGCUCAUGUCAAGACCCCUUGGCCGAAGACUUUCAACGGCCUCCUACAUCAUCACCAAUACAAUCAACAGCGGUACCGGCGUUUAACUUCAGCUCGCCAUUUUCAUUUAGUUCAUCCCAGCGUGUUCACAGCCCCCAUCGCAUUGGCAUUCACCCCUCUCCUCCUCCUCAUUCUCCUACUCCAUCCCGUGCAGAUGUAACGCCUACUGCUCCUAUCUUCAAUCCACCCGUCGUGGCUCCGCUAUUUUCUCCAGCACACUUGGCGUCUAUUAAACAAAACACUCAAUUUAGGUCAGAAUUACGCUCUAAGAUAGGGCCUGUAGACUUGAAACCGCGUCAAAAUAUUUCUAGUCAGGCGGCCUCUUCUAAAGAACCUAUCCCUGCCAUGGCUCAGAAAGUAACAAGUAUCCCUAAAGCUAAAACUAGGGCUAUAUAUGAUCAAGCAAAUCCGCCCCCAUCUUUUUCUCCGGAAAAUGUAGCCCGUUUUGCUGCUGGGAACUUCACGCCUUUUGAGAAAAAGCCUCAGUUACCAGCUGAAGUAAUUCCGUCCUCUGUUGAGAAAAACCAAUUUUCAACUGGUGCAAAAUUCCAGCUCUCUACCGGUCGAAUUCAGUCUUCUAAUAAAGAAUUCCAACCUUCUAAUAAAGGAUCUCAGCCUCUUCGCGAGGGAAUUCAGCGUACCAACGAAAAAGAAAAUGCUUGCUUUGGAAAAGGCGGGGAGCACAAAGGAGAAUCCAUAACUAGUGAGAAACCCGUUAAUAUCCAAAAUAAGCCCAACAAUGUAUCGACAGAACCGAAGAUCAACAGGCCGACGAACAUGUCUGACAAGAAAGGAUGCACUCUAUUCAUGGAGAAUAUCAAAUCCUCUGUCAGUUCUGAACGAUACCAAAGCUUUGUUUCCAUCAUCGCUGAGCUAUAUUCUCAUCGGGCAUCUUUCGAGCUGUUUGAACUCAAAGCCCAUGAUCUCAUGAAAAGAAUUCUGAUUUGGUUCAGCCACCAGCCAUCACUCAGUAAUAUUGUUAAUAUAAACAGACUUCUCCCCGUGGGUAAUAGUUUUACAGUCUUCAAUUACUGGGAGAAGGAAUCAUUGCGAAUUGUUCUGUCUGUCAGCUGCAUUGGCAGAGUAUCGUAUGUUGACGUAUGGAUGGUUGGAGAUCUUGGGUUCAAGAACAAGCAGGCUUUCAGAAUCGCCGAAUACAAACUGCAGGAACGUGGACCACUGCACGACUCGAUGGUAUGGACGACAUUGCUAGGCUCCCGAUCACUGAUCAUGACAUCAUGCGGGCUGUUUUAUGCUUGCUUAAAUCCCGAGUGCGAAACAAUCUUGGAAAAAGUCACUUCAAAGCUUCGGAGAAUGAGUUUCUACCAGGGAGCUCCGCCAGAUGAUAUCCUGGUCGAGUUGUUUUGUGAAAACUCACUGGCCGAGCAAGAGCUUUACGCUAUGCGAGCGGCUGCUCUUCUCCCCAAGAAGGAGUGUAAAUCGGGCGAUAAAGAUGAAUGGGCAAAGUUUGUCAAGGCUAGAAGGGACCGUGAGGACUCGAUAAUAGGCGUUGGUCUCGAGAAGACUUUUACAGGCGCCGAAAGGGCACGUUUGCCUAAGUCUAAGUAUAUUGGGAAGCGUGAGGACGUGGGCCCAUCCCCGUCUAGUGAAGACAGUGUAGUAGAGGAGCUACUCGAGAAGAUGCAGAAGCCAUACAAACUAUCCGCAGCGAGCACCAGGAAGAUCAAAAAAAACAUCGCCGCCGCAAAAUGCAUCAGUCAUGGGUGCGAGGCCGCGCUGGGCAAAAUGGCGGGCAUCAUCAAGAAGAAUACCGAGGCGGGCAAUAUCGCCGUUCCUAAGGCGAACAAUCAGCUCGCCGUACCUAAGGUAAAUAAUCCCGCUGUUCCUAAGGUAAACAAUCAGCUCGCCGUACCUAAGGCAAACAAUCUCGCCGUUCCUAAAGCAAACGAUCUUUCCGUGCCUAAGGCAAACAAUCUUGCUGUACCUGAAGCAAACAAUCAGCUCGCUGUACCUAAGUCAAACAAUCAGCUCGCCGUACCUAAGCCAAACUAUCAGCUCGCCAUACCUAAGUCAAACUAUCUCGCCGUGCCUCAGGCCGAUACAAGGCCUGGACUGGCUAGAGAUACUCGCAUGGAUAUGGGUUCAAGGGCGAGGAGAUUCACCGUGGUCGAGGACGGAGUGGAGUUUAUCAUGGAGAAACCCGAGCAGGCGGACGACGAACAGACCGAAUCUGAUUCUGAGUUUGGGGAGGAAAUGGGUAAGAAGCAGGGUGUCGGAGCGGGGAAGAAAAAGGCGACAACUGCGGCCACUGCGGCCACUGCGGUUCAGGAACAGGAACAGGUUCAAAACCCUCCUAAGCAGGAGGCGCCAAAGCAGGGAGCGAACGCGAAUAAGGGCAAGAACAAGGGCAAGAAGGGAAAGAAGGGCAAGAACAUCGGCUGGAAAAGGCUUUAG